CAAGGCUCCGCAUCUCCCUCUGGAAAGGACACCAUGAGCACUGAAAGCAUGAUCCGAGAUGUGGAACUGGCCGAGGAGGCACUCCCCCAAAAGGCGGGGAGCCCCCAGAACUCCAGGCGGUGCCUUUGUCUCAGCCUCUUCUCCUUCCUGCUUGUGGCAGGAGCCACCACCCUCUUCUGUCUACUGAACUUCGGGGUGAUCGGCCCCCAAAGGGAAGAGAAGUUCCCAAAUGGCCUCCCAAUCAUCAGCUCCAUGGCCCAGACCCUCACACUCAGGUCAUCUUCUCAAAAUUUGAGUGACAAGCCUGUAGCCCACGUUGUAGCAAACCACCAAGUGGAGGAGCAGCUGGAGUGGCUGAGCCGGCGUGCCAAUGCCCUCCUGGCCAAUGGCAUGGACCUCAAAGACAACCAGCUCGUGGUGCCGUCGGACGGCCUGUACCUCGUCUACUCUCAGGUCCUCUUCAAGGGACAAGGCUGCCCCAACUACGUGCUCCUCACCCACACCGUCAGCCGCUUUGCUGUGUCAUACGAGGACAAAGUCAACCUCCUCUCUGCCAUCAAGAGCCCCUGCCCCAAGGACACCCCUGAGGGGGCUGAGCUGAAGCCCUGGUAUGAGCCCAUCUACCUCGGAGGGGUCUUCCAGCUGGAGAAGGGCGACCGCCUCAGCGCUGAGGUCAAUCUGCCCAAGUACUUAGACUUUGCUGAAUCCGGGCAGGUCUACUUUGGUGUCAUUGCUCUGUGAAGCGGAUGGGUGC